AUGUUAGAAAUAACCCAAAAGGAUAUUAAAACCAUGAGUCUUGACAAGAUUCAUCAAGUUACUUUAGAAUCACUUGAAAAGCUAUGUAGACUGCAUCAUCAUUUCUCAAAGGUUGCAAAACAAAAUUCAAAGUUCACCAAGGCAUGCAAGAAGCCUUACUUAGAUAUCAAGUGUAAAGAUAAAAGAUGUAGUUGUGCAACAAAAAAGAAACAUCAUCAGCAAAAAUACACCAAACCUCGUAGGAUCUUCAAAGGAAAGAAAAAGAAAGCUAUGAAGUUUUUUAAAAGAGAACCUUUUAGAGGAAAGGGGAAAAUCAAAGAUGAUUUGUUUGGGGAAAAAGGAAUGUUUUCUAAAGAACGUCCUAAUAAUACUAACAAAGCCGCAAAGCUGAUCAACUCUCUUCAACCUCUAGAAGGAAACCUAGAAUCUUUGUAUUCUGAACAAAGCUCUACUAGUGAAGAAACAAUUUUUGUCCUCUAA